GGAGCUCGGUGAUUGGCCUGCUGCGGCGCAAUCAGAUUGCUUGAUACUGGCCGGUGAAAGUCAGGAGCAAGACCGGAGUAAAAGUGCCGUCUCACCGCCAAAGAACAGUGUACGCCGUCAGCUAUGAGCUCCAUCGGUACCGGGUAUGAUCUCUCGGCAUCCACGUUCUCUCCGGAUGGCAGAGUGUUUCAGGUUGAGUAUGCAGCUAAAGCCGUGGAAAAUAGUAGCACAGCCAUUAGCAUCCGAUGCAAAGAUGGAGUUGUGUUUGGGGUAGAGAAGCUUGUCCUUUCAAAGCUUUAUGAAGAAGGUUCUAACAAGCGCAUUUUUAAUGUGGAUCGGCAUGUUGGGAUGGCUGUAGCUGGACUCUUGGCUGAUGCCCGUUCCUUGGCAGACAUCGCUAGAGAGGAGGCCUCAAACUUCAGAUCCAACUAUGGUUAUGACAUUCCAUUAAAGCAUCUUGCAGACAGAGUGGCAAUGUAUGUACAUGCAUAUACACUGUACAGUGCUGUCAGACCUUUCGGCUGCAGUUUCAUGUUGGGAUCUUACAAUGAAGAUGAUGGAGCUCAGUUGUACAUGGUUGAUCCUUCAGGUAUAUCCUAUGGUUAUUGGGGAUGUUCUAUUGGUAAAGCCAAGCAAGCAGCCAAGACAGAGAUUGAGAAACUUCAGAUGAAGGAUAUGACAUGUCGGGAAGUGGUUAAAGAAGUAGCAAAAAUAAUCUACAUUGUCCAUGACGAAGUAAAAGAUAAAUCAUUUGAACUGGAACUGAGCUGGGUUGGAGAAAUUACUAACGGAAAACAUGAAGUUGUACCGAAAGACGUGCGAGAAGCAGCUGAAAAAUAUGCCAAGGAAUCUUUAGAAGAAGAAGACGACUCCGAUGAUGACAACAUGUAACUUAAUUUUUGGUUAUAUCGACUUUAUUUCCAAGUGCUGUUUUUAUAUCUAUAUAUGUAUGGACCUGAAAAGACUUUGUGUGGCAACUGGCAAUAAAACCGCUGUUUACACUUAUU